AGUCCGUGGAAGAUGCUAAACGCGUGUAUAUGCUUUUCUUGAGCAACCAACAAAUUUUAAUUUUAAAAUUUCUUUCCAAUAUGGUAAAUUACUGUGAUAAAUCUAAGUAAAAUAAAAAAAUCGUGUUGAUAAAACCAAUAAAUUGUUAAUUGUGACGUUAUAGAAAUGAAGAAUUUUCAGUCCUUUCUUCCUGAAGGAAGCAAAUUUAAUCAAAUACUAUGCGCAGUUUUAAUCAACUUACCAGUAUUUGUAUAUGGUGCCAGCAUUGGCUGGAUGUCGCCUAUGACUCUGCUUUUGCAAUCCAAAGACUCACCUAAGGGAGUUCCCCUGACAGAUACAGAGGUAUCAUGGAUGGCUGCUGUACCCUAUUUGGUAUGCGUACCAGGGGAUAUUUUUAUGGCUUACAUGGGAGAUAAAUUCGGCAGGAAAUUAACACUCAUUUUCAUAUCAGCUAUGGGUGCCGGUAAUUGGAUUUUACUACUCCUAUCGCUGGAAACUUGGGCACUGGUGUUGGCUAGAGCUCUGGUUGGCGUGACAAUGGCUGGAAGCUAUGUCACUUGCCCUACAUUUACUAAAGAAAUCAGCGAAGAUAAUAUGCGAGGUGCUUUGGGCUGUUUAAUAAUUCUAUUUCACACAACAGGAAAUUUAUUUUUAUACAUAAUUGGCGAUAUAUUGAGCUAUCGAACGAUCUUGUGGGUGUGUCUUGCAUUACCAGCAUUCCAUAUUGUAAUUUUUAUGGCAAUGCCAGAAUCGCCUUCUUACUUGGUGAAGCGAAAAAAUGAAGAGGAAGCAGCCAGAGUACUUGCUUGGCUUCGUUGUAGAAGAAUAAAUGAUGUCAAGGUACAACAGGAGUUGGACAAUAUUAAGAAGGAGCAAAAAAAUGACGAAGAGAGCAGCAAAUUCUUACUAAAGGCGAUCUUCAAAGAUAAAAUAUUGUUUAGAGCCUUUCGCAUUGCGAUGAUAGCAAUACUCGCUAGAGAAGUUUGCGGCGCAAUACCAGUAUUAAAUUUUGCUGGAGAAAUCUUUACAUAUGCAUCAGAAGGCAAUGCGCUUGUCCUCACACCAAAUCAACAGGCAAUGCUUCUUGGAGCUGUACAAGUUUUAGGUUCAAUGCUCGCGUCAAUUGUUGUUGAUAGAAUUGGAAGAAAGGUAAAAUUAUUCAACUAAUAUUUAAUUAUUGGAUAUUCUUACAACUUCAAUACACGGUUACCUUGUUUUCAAUCAAAAUCAAUCCAUUCAUUACAGCUUACAAAAGUCCACUGCUGAAUAAAGGCUUCCUCCAAAAUUUCCUCUUAGGACAUACUUUGCCAUAGUUGCCACUCUCGGCAGGCGGGUGACGAACAGCAUUUUAUUUAUACUUUUGAAUUGUUAUCAGGAAGAUGCUGCUGCCCAUCACAUGAUGCGGUUUCUCUCUGUCGCCUUUUACAACACCCUCAGGACGAUAUGGGAUAGUGGAUAUUCUGACACUGCCACUACACAAUUCACCAUCAUCAUUACAGCUCUUCACAAGUCCACUGCUGAACAUAGGCCUCCCUCAAGGAAUGCCAAAAAACAUGGUCCUGAGCCACCUGUAUCCAUCGACUUGCUGCAUGGCUUACCAGGUCGUCACUCCAUCGAGUGGGGGAUCGCCCAACACUUCGUCCGCCGGUACGAGCCUGCCACUCGAGAAUCCUUUUUCCCCAUCGGUUUUCGGUACUUCGAGCUAUAUUGCCAGCCCAUUGCCACUUCAGCUUACUAAUCCUUUGGGUUAUGUCGGUAACUCUGGUUCUACUGCGGAUAUCCUCAUUUCUAAGAUAAAAACGCAGAGAAAUGCCGAGCAUAGCUCUAUCCAUAGCUCGCUGAGCGACAUUGAGCUUCCUCUACUCCCUACGACUAGCAGCGAGGACCACAUUUCAGUCCCAUAGGUCAUCACUAGCCUUACGCACUGGUUGUACAGUCUAGUUUUUAAGUUUUAAAGUAGACCUGACGAGAAGAUAUGCCUUAAUUUCCCGAACGCUGCACAGCCGAGUUGAAUUCGACGAUUGACCUCUCGGUCCAAGUUGGACUUACCUGAUCGGACUAUUUGUCCUAGGUUAAUAUACUCAUCAACAACUUCGAGGUUAGUAUCCCCAACAACUACCGGCAUAGGUGUGACAUGGACGUUAUACAUGACUUUUGUUUUGUCCAUGUUCAUCUUCAGACCUAUUCCUUAGGAGGCGCUAUUGAGGUCAUUGAGCAUAGUGUUUAGGUCCUCCAGCGAUUCUGCCGUAAGGUCUAUAUCGUCGGCAAAUCGAAGGUAAGUGAUGUACUCUGCAGUAGCUUGAGAACGUCUUCCAAUGCAGCGGUGAAGAGUUUCAGGGGUAUAACGUCACCCUGUCUUACACAUUUCUGCAGUUGGAUAGGUUUCGUACUCUGGUUCUGUACUCGGAUAGCCAUUGUAGCCCUACUGUAUAAACACUUCAGCACUUCUAUAUACGGACAGUCAACUUAGCACCGCUGAAGGGACUGCAGCACCGUCCAAAUUUCGACGGAAUCGACAUACGCCAGGCAUAGUGGCAAAUUGUACUCCUCGGACUUCUGUACAAUUUGUAGAAGGGUAUAUAUGUGGUCUAUGGUGUUAAAGCCUUUUCGGAAACCAGCUUGUUCGGGAGGCUGAAGACGUCAAGUCUGCGUGCGAGACGAUUCGUAAUGACUCUCGAAAAUAUCACGUAGACGCGGCUCAGAAGGGAAAUCGGUCUGUAGUUCUACAAGAGAGCAUUGUUGCCUUUCUUGAAGAACAAGACCACCGCACUUCUGCUCCACGCCUCCGGUGUAGUUCUACCAUGGAAAACGGAAUUAAAGAGCUUCUGAAGGACUUUAAGUACCGGUUUUCCACCCGCUUUCAGAAGGUCCGCUAUAAUUGCAUCCUUAGCCUUGCCAUUUUUAAGGUGCUGAAGAGCCAUUCUAAUCUCGUUCAGACUGACGUCCGGAAUAUCAUCGGAAUAGUGUCGGAUAAGACUUGCUUUUUGAUCAUUACUCACACUUGCAACGAUGACGUGUACAGCUGCCCGUAGAACCACUCAAUCUCACUUAAAAUCUCAGGUGUCCCGGAAACGACGCUGCCUCACUCGGUCUUCAGCUUUGACAGUUGGCUCUUUCUGACAGACAGACCUCUGACAAAGACUUUGGAGCCUUGAUUCCGCUCGAUCGCUUCUUCAAUACGUGCUAUAUUGAAGUUUUGUAAGUCCCUCGCAUUUGGAAAUCCAUCUGUUCAGUUGCCUGUACACUGUCAAAUCAACUGAAGACUUCAUUUCCCGUCUAACAGUCAUGAGAUUAAGAGUGUGAUUGGAGAGUUUUUAUGUUCUUCUGCGACGCAUCUUGCAUAACUUAGCUCCAACUGCAUGGACAGUUUCCACGAAUUUGUCAUUCAUAGGUCAUACUCAUCAGGUUCAUUGCGCCUUUAAACAUUCGGUGAUUGCUACCAGUUUUCAUCCUCGCGAUCACUAAGACAUUACCGAACAGUUGUCGUCUGGUCGUCAUAACGAAGUCAAUCUCAUUUUUUGUCGAACCGCCGGUGCUCGACCAGUUCUACUUCCUGUGGGGCCGCUUCUGGAAAAAAAAGUUCAUCAUAAAGAGUCCAUCCUUUUCUCCAUGAAAUCGGCCAGCUGCUGACCCCUGGAAUUCCGAUGCGCUAUUCCAAAUGGCCCUAUCUUCAUCUCAUUGUUCUCUUUUGUGCAUAGUUUUACGUUGAAUUCUCCCAUUAACUCCGUAUAGUGGGUUUUGGAGGAGUGCAUGGCUCUAGAUAUAACCUCAUACAUUUCCUCCACAUCCUCAUCGAAAUGUACAGAGCUUAGUGCGUAAACCUGUAUGACCUUCAGCGAAUUCCGUUUGGUGAUUCUAAUUAGAAAUUACGCAACCCUUGUCGACACACUCUCAAUCUUUGUUAUGCUGCACAAUGACAUUGUAUUAUUAAUUCGAUUUUUUGUGCUGUGCUUUAUAGGACGGGGUAUGGGAUUUACAAAUUUUAAUAACGACAAUAAACAUCUUAUAUAAAGUGGAAACUGAACAAGAACUCUUAGGAUUAACUUAAAGACGCUUGUCUAUGUUAGCAUUGCUGCACGUAUCAUCAUCUUCUACUAUUUCUUUUUCAUCAUCCCGUAGAGGUUCAAAACUAGACAUGAGGUAGGCAUAUUAAGUUGCAGGGAGCGUUUGCUUUAAUGGCUGACUGUGGGAUUGGCUAUUAACAUUGAAUUUUCUUACGCCGCCACCACACGGCAAGCUUAAUAUAGAAGGUUGUUAACAAAAAUAUUAUUUAAUUGAGUUUUAGCUCGUUUUGUGAUAUACGAGUAUGUUUUUUUUUUAUUAGAACUGUAAUUAAUAUAUUUUCAGUUACUACUGGCAACCACUUCAUUAGUCUCAGGAUUAAGUAUGUGCGCCCUAGCAUCAUGGUUUGUUGCAAGAUUGUAUGGAGCUUACACACCCAGUUGGCUUCCUAUUGUAACGCUUUGCCUGUGCAUCUUCUGUGAUUCAGCGGGACUUCAACCAGUGUCUGUCGUACUUACGGGAGAAAUAUUUUCAUUCAAGUUCCGUGGAUCAGUGCUCGCUGUUUCUAUGGCUACAGCAUCGUUUGCGGACUUCCUGCAGAUGUUAUUCUUCAAGCCCCUGGCCAAAUCAAUUGGAAUUUACGUGGCCUUCUAUUUCUUCGGAGGAGUUUGUUUAAUCACAGUGUUGUACGUGAUUUUUGCGGUCCCAGAAACGAAAUCAAGGACAUUAGAGGAAAUUUACGAAGACUUAAAAACAAAAAAGGAAAAGUCAAAUGCAGUUUUAAAAAAUAGUAAGGAUGUAACAGGCGACAUUAAUAACUAAAGAUAACUACAGAAAAACUGAUAUAAAAUAUAAUGUUUGAUAAAAUUGUGCACACCGACAAUACGUUUAGGUCUUGCCUUAUUCUAUAAAGUAAAUGAAAAUAAGUAUUAAAGUACUCUUAUUGUUU